AUGUCUGAUAUUGAUAUAUCGUCUUCAAAUGAUUCAGUUUCAUGUACGUCAAGGUCAAAUUUAACUCAACAGUAUUCAGCAUCAUCAAUUGAAAAUCUUUUAAAACAAAAGGACGACUCGAAACAAUUUAUGGUUAUCAAAAAUGAUCAAAAAAAACUUUCAUCACUUGCUUGGUCAAUAUUUGGUUUUCCUGCUAAACGUGCCGAAGAUGGUUCUUAUCAACGAAUAAUCGGUUUUGCAAGCUGUUUCAAUUGUAAAGAUACUUAUGCAUUUCAAUCUGGUGGUAGUGGAAGCACCAAGCAUUUGUUAAGACAUGUAUGUUCAAAACAAUCAUCAUCGUUAUCAUCCGAAAAUAAUCAAGAAGGUCCAAUGGAUAAAUUUAUCAAAUCGAAAAAGUCAGCACCACUCAAAUUAAUUGCACAAGAUCGUACAACAAUUCGAGAUGAAUUCACAAAAUGGAUAUGUUCAUCAAUUCGUCCAUUCAACAUUGUUUCUGAUCCAGGAUUAAAAACAACUUUAAAAACAAUUAUUGAUAUUUGUCAAAAAUAUCACGGAUCACUUGAUAUUGAAGAUCUACUUGUAAUACCAACGACAAUUUCUAAUACUGUUAAUCAAUUAGCUGAUCAUUAUAGGUCUUUGAUACGCCCUAUAUUAAUCGAACAAGCUGAAGCUGGUGUUUUAACAGUCUGUCCAGAUCUAUGGACCGACAAUUUAAAAAAAAUUAAUUAUUUAGGUUUAACAGUUUAUUUUGUGACAUCAAAUUACGAAUUAACUUCAUUCGAUUUAUGCUGUUCCCGAUACGACGAGGUAGACAAAACAGGAGAAUCUGUAUUACAGGCUAUACGAAAACAAUUGGAUAUUUUUGGUUUAUUACCAUAUAUGGAUAGUUAUCGUAUAUCGUUUACCAGUGAUAGAGGCGCAAACAUAUUGAAGGCUUUGAAAGGACACCCGGUGAUUCAUUGCUUUGCACAUCGUAUAAAUAAUAUAUUGAAGUUAGCUUUUUAUCAAAAUCAACAAAAAAAAGCAAAAAAGAUUAAAAAGGCAUCAACAACCCCAGCGAAGAAGCAACAAAAAAAAUUCCUAUAUGUUUGUGAUAGUUCAUCGGAUAGCUCUUCGUCUGAUGAUGAUUCAACAACUCCAUCUCCAUCUAAAUAUGCUGAAGCAAAUACACUAUUAUCAGAUUUACCACCAAAAUUAAAAGAAAUUUUAAGUACAAUCUCAACAUGUAAAAAACUUGUCAGACAUAUAAAAGUAAAAGGUUUAAAUAAAGAUAUAGAAGAACUUGGUGGUAUUGCAUUAAAACAAGAAUGUAUAGUUAGAUGGUUAUCCAUGUCGAACAUGUUAGAAUCGAUCGAUGCUUCAAUUGAACAUGUACGAUCGAUAUUAUCAUCAAAAUCAUUAAAGAAUGAGUGUUCAUUUAAAUUAAAUAAUAUUAAUACUGAUGCAUUAAAAGAUUUAAUUCGUUUAAUAAGUGAAUUUAAAAAAGUAUCCGUAUUAGUUCAAACAGGAACUCGACCUUCUUUACACAUGGCUUAUAUUUGUGUUAGCAAACUUGAACGUCAUCUAAAUGGAACUGAUGUUGAUAAAGAAGGUGAAAUAAUUUGCAUUGAUGAUCGUCAUGAAGGUACCAACUUCUUUCGAAAACGGCUCAUUCAAUUAUUAAGAUGUAAAUUCACAUUCGAUGAAAAACACAUCGCAGCAGCUGUUCUUCAUCCUCUUUACAGAAAAUUAACCUUCGCCACCACAUACUCCAAAAAUAUUUCUCAUUUAUAUAUUCGUGAACAAUUAAAUGAUAUAUUCGGAUUAAAUCAACAGCAUUUUACAACAAAUUCUGAACCUGUAAAGAAAAAACAUAAAUCAAUGGAAGAUCAAUUUGCCGAUCCUGAUGAUGAUGACAGUUGUGAUGUUAAGUCAACACCAACAACAACAAUUAAAAAUGAUGAACUUGAAAAAUAUUUACGAAUGAAUAUCGAAGAUGUUUAUAAACAACCAAAUCCACUACCAUUUUGGCGUGAUCAUCAAAAUAAAUUCCCUGGUUUAGCUUUACUUGCUCGUCGUCUGUUCUCUAUUCCGGUCACGUCAGCCGGAGUAGAGCGACAAUUCUCUUCCGCUGGUUUAACAAUUAGCCAACGUCGUUCUUCGCUUGACCCAGAUACUGUCAACGACGUUCUUUUCGUCAGAUCUGUACAAACUCUUCUUCAAUCAAAACCAGACUAUUUUUCUAAAUAA